GCCGGGCCCGUGUCCAAAGUCCGCCCUUGUGUGUUGGGUCGCUGACUGGACUGGACUCCACCACGUCGGGGCUUUGGGAAUUGCGCGUGCGUUCGCGAGCCCGGCACCGCCUAGCCAUCACGUCUCGCAUCCUGUACAAAAGAAUCCGCGGCCCCCCCCCGACCUCUUGGCCCCGAGUCUCUCAGAUCAAUCAUCACCCAUCAUCACCAGAAGCUUCAUUCUUGACACAUCUACAGUGAUCAAUCAAACCAAGUAUCAAUCAAUCACCCUGUCACAGACAAGCAUCGCCAACAUCGAUCCGGCUACUACAUCCACCACCCUGACUCCACCACCCUGACUCCACCAGCUACACGCCCCGGAACCGGCCUUGACUCAUAUCAACGCCAGCAGCAUCCACCCAGGAAGAAAAAAAAAAAGAAACAUCCAUUGCUAUUAUUACAUACAUAUAACACGGUCACCCACCCAGGCCACGCAUAGUCACACACCGCAAUGGCCACUACCACCGCUCACCGACCGCAACACAUCAGCUUCGCACCCAGCCCUGCCGAGUCUCUUCGCCAAUCCACACUCAAGAAGAACAUGACCAUCACCCAGACAUACUACCUCGCCCACAAGGCCCGCUCCAAGCUGGGCCGCGAGGCUGCCCGCGCCGACCACAACCUCCGCCUCCUCGUCGGCCACGCCAACCUGCUCGACAACCUCAUGGUCGAGCUCGCCGACGCCGAGCGGGAGCAGGAGCGCUGGUUCAACCAGUCCGUCCGCGGCGCCUCGCCCAAGGCACAGGAGCGUCGCGUCCAGUACCCCACCUCCCAGAUUGUCGAGGAGGAGGAGGACGAGUCCAGCGACAACGAGAUCUACGACGAGUCGUCUUCGGACGAGGACGAGGACGACUUUGAGGAGGAGCUCCAGGACAUGGUCAUGAUCCCCACUGCGACCACCAAGGCCCCCACCGUCACCACAAAGGAGGUGCUGCCCAGCAGUGACGACAUGGAGGAGGACGACCUCGAGGAGGACUACGCACAGCUCGAGCUCGUGCGCACAUCGUCACACUCCAACACCAGCCCGCCCCCCGAGCUGGUGGACGAGUCGGACUCGUCCGACGACGAGGCGGGCAUGCCCCCCUCACCACCCAACGCCAUGCUCCCCAUGCCCGCUGGCAAGGCGGAAGAGUCACUCUUUGAGGAUGACGACCAGAAACAACAAGAGGCCAAGAGCUACUACCUGUCAGGGAGGACACCCCUUGGCAGCGUGUCGGCCGUCUCGGUCUACUGAACGUCGCACUGCGACGACUGGACGAAAACCCUCAAAACGAUUUGAUGACGACUUCUUCUUUCUACGAGCGACUCUGGGCAUUCAGCAUGGCGUUUUUGUUUUCUUCACAGCAUCUGGGAUACCACAAUCGGGCGGGCAUUUACAACACGGCAUGGGCAUAUACUUUUCCAUUUUAUACACGCAUCAACGGACACAUCACAACUCAUGGCAUACAUACACAACGGAGGGAUCAAUGAACGAGUAGAUAGGAAACAAACGAUACCCCCGUCUUUGGACACCAAAAAAAUGAAGAAAAUUCUUAUUCACAUACUCAAUAC